AUGGUUUCUUUUUUUUAUCUCGCGCGCGCGCAUGCAGGGUCACUAGUCGUCCUGCCGCUCAGCCUGCUCAUCGCCAUGGUGGUCCGCUACAGAUGCAUCAAGCGGCAUAUCGCCAUUGAAUCCGCCGCGGACCAGCACUACACGGUGGUGUCGGACCAAGUGAUGAUGAACGCCACGGUCGAGAGGUUCGUGCUGGAGAUGGCCGACGAGAAGCCCAUUCGCUUCACGCCGGAGCAGCUCGCCGGAUACACGCGCAACUACUCCGCGCGCCUCGGCGCCGGCGGCUUCGGCACCGUCUACCGGGGCGAGCUCCCCAACGGCCUCGCCGUGGCCGUCAAGCUGCUCCACCCUGGCCUGGACACCAAGACGUCCGAGGAGCAGUUCAUGGCGGAGAUGGGCACCAUCGGCAGGACGCACCACAUCAACCUUGUCAGACUCUACGGCUUCUGCUUCGAUGCCGACUCCACACGCGCGCUCGUCUACGAGUUCAUGGACCACGGCUCCCUCGACGACUACCUCUCCUCCGCCCGCAGGGACGGCGGCGUGAGCAUGCCCACCGUGGCCGCCGUCGCCACCGGCGUCGCCAGGGGCCUCAGGUAUCUCCACGAGGAGUGCCAGCAUAAGAUCGUGCACCAAGACAUCAAGCCCGGCAACGUCCUCCUUGGCGGCGCCGCCCUCACGCCCAAGCUGGCCGACUUCGGCCUCGCGCGCCUCGUCAACCGUGCUGACACACACGUCUCCCUGUCCCACGGGGGCGGUACCCCCGGCUACGCCGCGCCGGAGGUGUGGUUGGAACUACGCAUCACGGAGAAGUGCGACGUCUACAGCUUCGGCAUGCUCCUGCUCAAGAUCCUCGAGCAUGCUAGCAACCACGACGCAGAUGCCGCGCCGGAGAGCAGCCGACAGUGGUUCCCAAUGGCCGCGUGGACCAGGUACGAGGCCGGUGAGCUGAUGGAGCUCGUCGUGUCAACGAUCCACCAAGAUCCGCGUUGCAGGGAGCUGGCGGAGAUGAUGAUCAAGGUGGCCUUCUGGUGUGCGCAGCAGCGGCCAUCGGAGAGGCCGUCCAUGAGCGCGGUGGUGAAGAUGCUGGAGGGAGAGACGGAGAUUGCCCCGCCGCCCAACCCGUUCCAGUACCUCAUGGGGAUGGAGCCGCCGGCGGCUAACCUGCGGACGACAAUGGCGAGCAGCUCUGUAAACACGAGCAACCACAUCAUCUCCUUUUAA